GUAUGAUUGAGUCACCGCGUCAGAAGUCGAUAUCUGUUCAACCAACGGUGCGCUCAUGCGAACAUCGCAUGCGCGUUUCGCUGAGUAAACAUUACUUGGGGCUUUCGUAAACAGCCUAUACUGCCUGCAACCGUAGUCCUCCGCAUUAACAAGUUGCGGAGUAGGAGAGGAAAUAUAAUGUUACAUCACAUGAACGCGCCGCUUGCACGCUCUGUGUUUUAAACAAUGUUCGAAACAAAAAAAAGUGCUGGAAACGAAUGACUAACACAAAGUCGAAACCAUCAACAUUAUACAGUUCUCGUCUGUUGGUUGGCGGACUGAUGUUUCGCAUUAUUAUGGUACCUUUGUGGAACAAAUGUACUAGGAGCGUAACAGUAUGCGCCGUACCGUUAAAUAGGUAACCUCGGUAUCGAGCAAGCUCCGUGUUACUGAGCAACAAAUAUCGAAUGCAACGUAUAACCACGCGCGCCGUGUUUCGUAUUUUUAUUAUAUUUGUGCGCUGCGCGCCGUUGUCUCGUUGGCUGCGAUAGUUAUCAUUUCGCUCUUAUCGCCGGCGAUAAGCGAGACAAUCAAGUUUACCUUUGUAAUUGGAUUCAGCACUGUGGAUUGGUGUCGUUAAAGUCUAUAAUAUUUGUGUGUGGCGCGGCAAUCUCGCAAGACUAGUACACAUAAGCAAUUGAGUGUUGGGUGGUUACAUAAAAUCCAAAUCAUGGGGCGUGAUUAGUGGUUGCAAAAAGUGAGCGUGACCGCGCAUCAGUAUGAGCCAGGUCACCAGUGGUUAUAUCAACAGCAAGGAUAUUCCGAAAUCGCCAAAAUUCGAACGUGCUACUUAUAGAGGCCACUUUACUGAAAAAUAUAUAAAUACUUUGCGACGCAAAGGUUCUUGGACGGGCGUUAAGGAUAUCACCAGGGUUGCCGUGCAAAGUGAUAACAUGCCCUUGAAGCCGGGAAAAACGGACUCGGUAAAAACUAAGUUCAAGUUGAUGCCAACCACGAAAAAUGUAUACACAUUACCGCAGCCCACAAACUCCACAACUACACAGGCGAAACCAGGCGCGUCUAAUAACAGUCCACCAGCAAAAAAGGGUUUUAUAAGUUUGGGGGACACAAAUGUCUACUCAUUGCUACCAUCUAGUGCCCCACCUAAAACGAUUCCGCCGCCAAAAUUAAUUAAUCCGAUUGACUCAGCGGUUAAAACAGCCGACAUGGAUUUAAUGACUUUAGCACCACUAGAAAGUUUGAUAAACACAUACGAGAUCGAGGCGAAGAAAUCGAAGAAUAUGGAACGUUUUGAAGAGAUGCUCAGUAAAGUAAAAGGCGCGUCAUCGGCAGCCAAACAAACCGAUGCUGCUGAAAAGGAUAAGAAUACUUCUCCUACACUCCCAAAACGUCCCGCCAGUCCUAUCAAACAAAAACUGGGAGUUUAUCAAGGUGUUUCAAAUUUUAUGAAACCUGGUAUUAGUGAUAUGCAAGCACCGCUUGAAGAACCAUCAUUGCGGCGCACAAAUCGUUCGAGUACUUCCGAAGUGGAGAAAUCAGAACCACCGAGAAAGAUUCUUCUAAGCAGGACCGUUUCCGCUGCUCAAGAAGCGGUGGAACGUGCGCCUAAAUCUGUUGGUGUACCAAAACCAAGACCCAGAAAGAGUGGAAAUGACAGCUCAGAAACAACAACGGUUAAAUCAUCCCAAUCGGCCCAUCGGAAUAGACGGGCCGGCGAAGAACCCACCAUAGGGAAAUAUAAAUUGCUCAAGACCAUUGGCAAAGGUAACUUUGCCAAGGUAAAAUUGGCCAAACAUUUGCCCACCGGUAAGGAGGUUGCAAUAAAAAUUAUCGAUAAAACGCAACUGAAUCCAGGUUCGCUACAAAAAUUAUUUAGAGAAGUUAGGAUAAUGAAAAUGUUAGAUCAUCCAAACAUAGUGAAACUAUUUCAAGUGAUUGAAACCGAUAAAACUUUGUACCUGGUCAUGGAGUAUGCAUCCGGCGGUGAGGUCUUCGACUACCUUGUGCUCCAUGGUCGAAUGAAGGAGAAGGAAGCGCGCGCCAAAUUUCGGCAAAUCGUUUCCGCUGUACAGUAUUGCCAUCAGAAGAGGAUAAUUCAUAGAGAUUUAAAGGCUGAAAACUUACUGUUGGACAGUGAAAUGAACAUUAAAAUAGCGGACUUUGGAUUCUCGAAUGAAUUUACGCCUGGCAACAAAUUAGACACGUUCUGCGGCAGUCCUCCGUAUGCGGCACCCGAAUUAUUCCAAGGUAAAAAAUACGAUGGGCCGGAAGUGGAUGUGUGGUCUUUGGGAGUGAUAUUGUACACUCUAGUCUCUGGUAGCUUACCCUUCGACGGUUCGACGUUGAGGGAACUUAGGGAACGCGUGCUUAGAGGGAAAUACAGGAUUCCAUUCUACAUGUCAACGGACUGUGAGAACCUGCUCAAGAAAUUUCUGGUGCUUACGCCUACGAAAAGAGCCUCCCUUGAGUCAAUCAUGAAAGAUAAAUGGAUGAAUAUGGGGUACGUUGGUUACGAGAACGACGAACUCAAACCGUACAUUGAGCCACAACCAGAUAUGUCGGACCAGAAACGCAUUGAGGCGUUGCUAUGUUUGGGCUAUACUAGGAAUGAAAUCGAGGGAGCUUUGGAUAAUCCCAAUUAUGAUGAUUUGUUUGCAACGUAUAUUUUAUUGGGCCGGAAAAGCACUGACCCGGAAAGCGAUGGCAGCAGAAGUGGGAGCUCACUUUCGCUCCGUGGCAUAACUGGACAGCAGGCAGUAGGUGCAGUUCAACCCACUGCCCAGAGCCCAUCUCAUCGAGGUGUGCACCGGUCUAUUUCUGCUACGAACGCGAAACCCAAUCGACGGGCGUCGAGCGGAGGAGAAACUUUGCGUGCAGGACCGCAGACAAACCAAGUAGCAGUGCCUCAGGCCAACAACCACAGUUCGGGUUUCAAGAGGCAAAAUACGAUCGACAGCGCCACAUUAAAGGAAAAUUCGGCGCGGAUGAUCGGCGGUACACGUCCAGCCACUGCGCAACCGAAGACCACCACCGAAAACAGUGUACAAAGUCCAGGUAAGCAACGCACGGUCGUUAAGAACAACCAGAUAUCAAGCACAAACCAACCUCCUCUGACUUCAGGCGGAUCAGUCGUUCGAAGAUGUACGAUCAGUUACGAGGACAAGUCCAAUUCCAUGGAGAAUUCAAAUUUGACGUCAGACCGUAUACCAAUAGGGUUGGGUAGCACAGGGGAUACUGUGCGGCCUGGCAAAGGACACGUUAAGUCAGCUUCGGUCAGUAGUAGUGGCCCAGAACCCACUACGGCGGACCCAUUGCGUUCUAGCCGCGGAGGUGCACAAGCCAGAGGAGGAGGCGUGGCGUUUCCAAGAAAUACGUCUUCUCGUAGUACUUUCCAUUCUGGUCAAACACGGCAAAGGGUAGCUUAUCCCCCAGCGCAGCAGCAGGGACACACAUCGUUUUUCUCAAAGCUGAGUUCCAGAUUCUCCAAGAGAGCAUUAGAACCUGGUCAAACCACUAAACAAGGCACAUCUCCUCUACCUAUAAGCGGAGUUGUAAGCAAUCAAAACGACGACCAGGUGAAGCCGCGAUCGUUGCGAUUUACCUGGUCCAUGAAAACGACGUCAAGUCGGACUCCGAAAGAAAUCAUUACCGAAAUAUGUAAGGUGCUCGACGCCAACAACUGCGACUACGAACAACGCGAACGAUUUUUGUUGUUAUGCGUUCAUGGUGACCCCAAUACGGAUAGUCUGGUGCAAUUUGAGAUUGAAGUUUGCAAGUUACCCCGCCUGUCUCUUAAUGGCGUUAGGUUCAAAAGAAUUUCAGGUACUAGUAUUGGUUUUAAGAAUAUUGCCAGUAAGAUAGCAAACGAACUGAAACUGUGACUGCCUGUUUGUACGGACGAAUCUACGGACCCUGCGUAAAUGAAUGCAACCGCCGAACACACAAAUGAAUCAUUAUUGAAAAUGAUCGCGAACAGUGUAGUGAACUUCACCAUGCAAAUGCGUAACUUUUUAACACCCCCGCAAUCAAUUACGAUAAUACUAAUAACUUAAUGAUUAAUUGCAAACCGUGUUUGGACAUUCAGCAGCGCGGGCAAAACGUUUGACCCGUCUCGUACGCGAAAACCAGUUUCACCCUGUGACAAUUCGGAUGGAUCAAUACCUGUGAACAAAAAUACAGCAAGUAAACAGAUGCAAGUCCCUAAUGACGAAAUGAUGCUUCGGUUGCUCCUUGAUAAGCAACACUAAACAAACUGAACUAACUUAAUUUUUACAUAAAUCAUUAACCAAAUCAAGUCGAUUUUGAAUGUGUUGUUCUUCACGAUCACUACACAAUCACGUUAAUAAUCAUAUAAAAUGAACUCGACACGUUUAGACAUCUGUAAUAACUAAAUGAUGGAAACUUGCAUGUUUAAUGAAACGUUAGUAUAUAAGACUUUUACAACGUUUUUUCAACAUGUUUUCUUGUGUUUCAUGAAGUAAGAUCUUAACGAACAAUUUUAAACUAAACGAUUUAUUGCUAAGUAUUGAAGCUUAUAACACAAUAUUUAUUGAUGAGAGAUUUUUGUCAUGCUUGUGAUAUACAUAUGGGGAAUUGAUUAAGGGGGCAAAUUAGAAAGAAGAAUUUAUUUGAAUGUUGAAUAUCACAAUCUGCACUGCUAAAACUGUACUCGAUUUUUAAGUUUGAUCGCAAAUAUUUUCUAAUGGAAUUCUAUGAAAUUAGUACAUUUUUGAGAUCUCCCGAGAAGAAUGCCGAUGCGAGAGGAGCCGAAAUUUAAUUUACUAGAUACCAAUUGACACUGUCUCCAAGCAUAAUAUUCUGUUCAUGACUGCUACAAUAGUUUCAUGUCAAUAAUGUUCGAACACUGAAGGCGCGGAACUGCAGCACGAACUGUAUUUAGCUGCAGAUGACGUUUAUACAUGUUUUAAGCCAGAAUAAAUUAUGGGUUGGAAAUUUCUUGAAUACUUGUACCCAUGAAACGAUCGAAUUAUGAACACAUUUGGAAAUACAAUACGUAACAUUUGUAGUUGAUAGUAUCUACAGACAUGAUGUCCCUCUUGGAAUAGUAAUUGCGCUUACGUUUAUUUAUCUCCUGUGAAUAAUUGAUCAUCUAAUUUGUUACGAGAUACGUCAAACUCACAGUAUUUAUGGGAUAGUUGACACACAUCUUGAGUACUUCUUUUGUGAAAAGAAUUUAAUUAAGACUUUUAACAACAAUAAGCGAAUUGAUUAAAAUGCGGCUCUAAGAAAAGCUUCUUUAUAGAAUUGUAUUUAUAUAUUAUACAUAUUUUAUUUUUCUUGUAAAUAGGAACUAAAACAACAAAAACAAAAUUUACGAGUGCGAGUGCUGCGCGUGUGUUGCCCGUGUAAAUGAGUGCGUGCGAGUGACAUAAAUUAGAACGCGUUAGUCAUACCGUAACAAUUAUACUAUUAGAAUUGUAACAAUGAUUUUUGAUUUUGAUUAACAUUUGUUUAAGUUAUGUUCAUUUUGGUAUUGAAUUUUGAGCUGCGUAUUACUUUCUGUCAGAUCCAAUACUUUAUCUAGUUGUAAAUAUAUACAUAGAUAACAAUUAUUUAAGUGAAUUUAUAUGAACGAGGCUCACAACAAAUUGUUGUUCAUUGUUGUUGUGUAUUAACGUCGUACACAAACGUGAAUUUAUUAAGAAUAUUUUUCAACACUCAUAAUAGCCGCUUGCGCUAGGCAGCGUUACGUGUUUGCUAUAAAGUUGGACACAGCGCAAUAACAACAUUCGUUGUCACGAACUCAUUCAUCAGUGUACUUAGAUUAUAAACUAUACAACAAAUUCAGAUAUGGGAAACCAAUGAGACGAUUGCCCACGGAAUCAAAUUUUGUUUGCGAUCUCGUUAUACAGAUUGAUGAGUUAUAUACAUACGAUGACUGUUUCGCCAAAAAAUAUAUAUAAAAUUAAAUCUUUUCGAAUGGUGUGUCAAAAUCUGUAUACAUACAUUUAAGAGAAAAUCUCAUGUUUUCUUAGUAACACAACUCUAUUGUCAAAGAAACUACAUUAACAUUGUUUUAUAUUUUGAUGAAAUUUGGUGAUGAGAUUGGCAAGUAAAAUGAAACAACCUAUUAUAAUUAAGUAACAUGGCCCAAGUCAGAAAAUCCAACAGAAUACGAUGUAGUAGUAACAUAAUAUAUAUUAAUUGUUAGGAAGACAGCUUAGGACUUAGCGCUGUAAAGAGCAAUGUUGCUUACCGUAAUACUUUCACAGGGAAUGGGCACUUUCUGUUAGUUAAGCUAUUGAUGAUCAUUUAUAAAAAAUAAAAAUUUAACUUAAAAUUGA